GUUGAACAUGCACGUGCUUUCGCUUUUUCCCACAGCAGGUCUAUUAACAACCCCCUUUCAUCAUGAAAUCUUCCCCAUUUUUUGUGACUAGACCAAUCAAUAACUACUAAGUUGUACCAGCUCAGGAAGUAAAGUUUUAGGAAUUAUAUGCCACACCCACUACAUCGUUUAGGAUUCAUUUCUGAUGGACGCUCUGUGUCGGACCGAUUUCCGGUCUAGCGCAUUAAUUCCAGACGCGUCCUCCUCUUGAUUUUUUGUUCUCAAUAAGCAAGGAAAUACUUCCCGUCCCCGGCUAUGUCCCCCUCGUGCCCGCCCGCGUCCUCGUGGCGUCAGGGCGGGAAGAAAAUGACGGGUGAAAAGAUCAAUCCCAGCACGAGCGGGUGGCCUUCAAACGUCGGAAAGCAGUCGGACAGCAGAUCAGGUCGGAAAGCAGUCGCGCGCGUGUGUCUCCUGGCUACAAGUUUGCAACAAGUCGAUCUUGGGGCGGUACAACAAGCGUUUGACAACUUGUUCGGGACAACGAGCUUGUGUGAAGAUCAAGAUGUUCAUGUUCCUGAAAGAACCGGUAAUAUCAUUUUCUCCCUUUAUUCUGGCAACGAAGCUGCGGCGGCCAAAGAGCUGCAGGACGGUAAAAACAGAAGCAGUGGCUGCAGUCAACCGAAGUGGUCCGCGUGUCCUCGUUGCGCCAGUGCGUCGAGGCGCUCGUCGCUGAAGCCCAGGAGAGAUGGCACUUGCAGUACUAAGACUUCUCGACCGACAACGUCCCUGGUCGCCUCGGCGUACCAGUUGCAGGCGAAGACUCAGAAGGAUGCGAAAGUGAGGCACAGAAGGUUUGUAACUCGAAAGCAAAUUAUCCGAACGGCACCUGGCGAGGAAACAAGUGGAGACGAUAAGAAAAAGGCAGCUGAUGUUCCCGCCUCUUCAUAUUCGCUACAUGGUAAAAACAAGAAGGAGGAAAGUGAACGAGAGCAGCUGGCGUUAGGAGCUCUCCCGAAGGACUCUGCGAACAACGUUAUCACGACGAACCAGGAGCUUGUUGAGCAGGACGUUGCUGCGCAACACGAAGACGAAGCGCAUUCCGGACAACGCCGAGCUACGGACGCAAUAUCCGACGGUUCUUCGACUGUGCUGCAGGCAGGCGCAGCGAUGAACAGGCUGGAUGAACUGGGACAGUUCGAAGCGCCUGCUGGGGAAAGACGAACAGAUAACAGCCACCGAAAUAAUCAAGACGGAGUGGCUGCAAGUAGCAAAAUACGCAAAAAUCGUUCCGAAGUUCAACAUUUGGAAGGAAACUACGAGCGUGGGUACGACAGAACUACGAGCUCCGCUACGACGACUACACGAGGUGAUGGGGACAAGAAGACCAUCGACAAGGAAUUUUUGCAACAGCAAGAAGCCUACGCACGACAUGAUGUGCUUCCCAGCCCUUUAGUUGACAACAACGCGUCUACGUUUUCGUCUUUGGCGGAGGUGCAAAAGCUGACAGCACAGGACCGCAAAGCACAAAUCGAUGCAGAAGUUUUUCUUCCCCUCGACGGCCCCCAGCACGUUGAACAUCAAGCGAGCGAAACAGAUGCAGAAACAGCAGAAGGAUUGUCUUCAAGGGACGACGAGCAAAACCAUAAUCUUCUGCAAAAGACGGAGCAAGAAAUAUUAAACGCAAAGAGGUUGAACCGGAAGCAACAGAAUCGGAGGGCCACUACUUCCAACAAGGUCGUUCUAGCGCACGGACGAGACGAAGAGGAUGGUGAUGCCGCACCAGCAAAUAAUGCGACGACGGUCACCUCAACGGGGGACUUUCUCUCCCAAGCGUGCGGCGAAGACUACGAAUUGCUGGGCGGGUCGGGUCCGGGCGCCGGCGAUCAGUUGAUUGUGAGGAACUUCAUUUUGGGCGGACCGGAGUACGUGAAUGACACGAUAGAGCCCAAGAAGCUGUACGGCUACGAGAUCCGAAACUACACGGACGCUCAGACCGGGGCACCGAAGGAGUUUUUGGCCGAGUACUGGCCGCUCCCGUUCACCGGUUCCUGGGACGGAAGCAGCGACGCGGCGGCGUUAAUGACACACAUGAGACAGCUGAACGCCCUGGUCGCGCAGUGCCGGACGCUGUGCGACAACGCCGAGCUGGAGCAGCCGGACCGCGAGAAGUACCACCCCAUGUACUGUGCCGGGUUCAGCAUGGACGCCACCCGGUUUGCGCAGGACGACGGGAGCAUCCACCCACCAAAGCCGGUGGAGGGGCCGUUCAACGUGACCUGCAUGCUGUUCAUGACCGCCUACAACGACUGGCCGGAACUGGUCAGCCACCCGGCCUUCUUGACGUGCAAGAACAAAAUCGCCCCCUCCCUGCUGUCGACCGCCGCGACGGCGUGCCUGGGGAUGCCCUUCCCCGCGGCCGUCGCGCUGAUGAUCGGGCUGGGUGCGAUGCUGCUGAUCAUGGGGAUGAUGGUGGUGUGCUGCCUCUGCUACGGGAGCGACGACGCCACCGCGCGUGCCGCGGCGCGCCGGAGCCAAAGCCAGGCGGCCGCCAGCCGUCGCUCGCAGCAAGCCAGCCAGGUGGGUGCCCUCGGGGUGGGGGGGAUCAUGGGCGUGAGCCCUAGUACAACAGGAGGAGCUGCUGCGCCAGGAGCUCCACCUGGAGUUGGUGCCGCUAGUACAGGAGCAUUACCGGUUGGCGCAGCGCCGCCCGGAGCCGCCGCCACAGUAGGAGCCGUCGGAGGUGCGAUCACGACUUCAAAUGUCGCUGCAACAGGUGCGGCGGUGGGUGCCCAGCCGAGCCCGGGCGCGGCCGUGGAGGGAGCGGGCACCCAGCCGCGCCAGCGUCCGAGCUUUACCGCCAACCGCCCGACCGGGGGGACGAACGUGAGCAAUGCGAGCAUCGGGGGCACCGCGCUGAACAAAAGCACGCACGUCUCGCCAGUGGACAACGCUGCAGGUGGGAAGGCGGACGGGGCCGCGGAGUGGGGCGACAACAAGGAUCACCAAAACGUGGCCGAGGCGGAUGUGGAGUAUGGGCCGCCGCCGCCCGCUCGGCAGACGCUGUCACAGAUGAUCAUCGAGGAGCAGGCCAAGCACGGGGCGGGCAACAGCUCCCCCGACGAGUCGGAGGACGAGGAUGCCGCGCACAAGGACGGCGCCGCGCACAAGCCAAAGGCGAGCGGCAAGAAAAAGGCCAAGGCCAAGGCGGACGCGAAGCACAAGCCCAAAAAGAAGGCCGGCGCGGGAGCGGUACGGCGGGGGACAGAAUUUUGUCAUGGUCCUCGCUUGUUUGGAUAUUUUGAACUUUUGCGCGGGAGCUGGUCCUCUUUCGCUACCGAGCUAAGGUCUUUUGAUAUUGCGUAGGAUGUAUGAAGCAGCACUAAGUAAUAGUUGCUCACAAUUGAUGGACGCAGCUUCCUCAUGCUCAGGUUUUUACUUCGGAAAGAAACCUACUCAUUUGGGUUCUUGAAAAUGGAUACUUAUUCGGGCAACGUAUGAUGUCCUGAAAAUAAAUUGAGGUUGGACAUGAUGUUGCACUUCAUGGUAGAAUAAACUGCCACUUAAGAUCAAGUCCUGCCGACUAUAUGCAUUCACUCCCGUCCCUGUGACUGAGAUACACAUACAAAAUCAUGUAGGCCAUAGCAAAAUAUUUGUCCCCCUCCAUAUGCGCACACCAAGGACGAGCCGGAGGAAUCCGAUGGCAAGGCGACCACAAAAAAGAUAACCUAAAGAAAAGCACAGCCAUACCAGCAAAAAAUUAGAAUGUGUCUCUCUCUUGUUUUUCUCACAAGAAACUCAAACUGCUGAUCUGCCACACGGGCGACCUUCCGCCAUGCAUAUAUGUAAGUAGAAUAUAAUGCGGAAUAAGCAUGAGAAGUCGAAGUGCACUUAGGCAGUGUGCCAAGAAUGGAAUUUGUCAUGCCGAACAGCCAAUGAGGACUCAAAAAACGGCACGCACGGCAAAUAUUUUCGAAUAUGGUAUGGGUGUACAAUUUUUUUGGUUGAUAGGGGAAAGGAGGCGCGAAUAGCUCGCUGAAGAAGAAGGGGAAAGACCAGGACGACGACGACAAGCCGUCGGGCGGAACCAACCCGGAUCGGCCCAGUUUCGUAGGCACACCGGGUCAGCCUGUUUCUUUCUCUUAGGAGGUGGCUGUGAUGCUUCGUUCUUCGAUUUUGGAUCACCCGAGUUUUACUUGUUGUUUAUUUUGUUGAUGUAUACUGGAAUCUCAUUUUUUAUUUUUUUUUCUUUCGGAAUUGUAUUUCAAUUUUUCAAGAUAUGCUGCCGGUAGUUGUGCCUAGUUGUACUUCUUAUUGAUGGUGCGCCAGGUGACAUUGAAAGCAUACUAGUGGGUCAUCGAUCAUAUUGGUGCUGUUGCGGCUCUGGGAUUGCAAGGUCAUAAAAACGAGAGGACUUGUUCUUCGUGGAGCCACUACUUAUCAGCAAGGAGAUUACAAUGCGCCCCACAGUGCAACUCUGCAGGCUACCGUUUUGCGUUGUUUUUCAGGAAGAACACCAUUCAGCAGCACCACGACGACCCGUCAUCCGAGUGAGUCAUGCCUUUUUCAGUUUUCACGUUUACUGUUACUUGUUUGCACUGAAGGAUGGACGCGCCGGCCCCCCUGCGCUUGUCGUCGUUCUAGCCAAAAAAAAAUUUUCCGCAGAUCAAUUUCAGCACUCAAUUGUUUUUCCCUUUUCCCUAAAGCAAUUGUACUCGCAAUUAAUUUUCGUUUUUGUAACAACUUCUGUAGUAAAAGUAUUCGUUUUUCUUCUUUAGGUUCUUCCCCUCCUCUCCCACUAGAAAUUCAGAAAACCGCUAGGCAGGAGAAGCAAGCUAGAUCAUUUUUUAACAUUUUACAGGGGAAAAGUGAGUAGCUUAGUGAAAUCCUAGCCAGACAAAUAAGAUUCGUUAUACCUGUGAUUACGAGAGACUUUUGGUUUUUCUUUCUUUUCCUCUUACUCUAUUUGUGACUAU